AUGCUCGCCUGGACCUUUCAAUACCUCAACAAUUGGCCUAAAAGAAUGCAGAAAAAGUUCGACCCAAACGUCAAAAUGCACUUGAUCGAGCGAUCAAUUCUUUCAACAAGGCGGUUUUCUAACUUUGCCUGUCGUCUUUCCAGGCUUUCUUCUAAAGCAAAUGUGUUACCAAGCAAAAGACGGGAAAGUGACGUGCCAGGUCCAAAUUACUCUACACGCGACACGAUCAAGAGCAAUUCGUUUUCAUCCUCGAAAGCAGCAUUUAUUUGA